AUGGGCCAUCCUAAUAAACAAGUCGAUAUAAGUUCGUCUAUCUGUGGGCUAUGCAAUUCUGCCGGUGGUGCCAGUUAUGCUAAUGCACUAAUUCAAUGCAUAUUUCGGUCCCUCGUAAUACGCCAAGUACUGUUGCUCACACCUGAAGAAGGCUCUGAAGUUUUGAAUGCAAGUGCACUCAUACAAUUCGUCCAUGAUAAAUUUUCUCUUGAUAACGUGCAGGAUCCCGUAAUCUUUCUAGAGCGUUUAUGUGACAAAGUGCGUGAUUUACAACAAAAUUUAAAACAUGAAUUUACUCAUCUUGAUCGAUGUAAAGUGUGUAAUUAUAUGAAAACUUCAAAAGAGAAUAAUAUUGUUUUGAGUUUAUCAUUUAAUAACAUCAAAGAACCAGUGUCCUUAGAUGAUUUGAUCAAAAGAUCACUGUCAUGUUGGUACGACGUUUCACAUCAUUGUGAUAAUUGUGGACAUUUCACUGAUGCUUCACGAAAAACAUGCUUAAGUAGUAGCUGUGGGGAUGUUAAACGAAAAAUCAGCAGUUGGAAACUUAAAGCAGUUCCAACAACUAUAGUUAAUAACUGUGGUGAUUCAUAUUCCGUCCAUAGUGCCGUGUUAGAUGGCAAAAUCGGAAAAAAUGACCACUAUAUUAGUCUGCUUGUGGAUAAGAAAACCGACUGGAUAAAAACACACGAUACAAACAUUGCCAAAAUGCGAUGGCCGAGAAAUUCUAAGGAUUGGCUUGGGUAG